UCAAGAUGGCAGCCUCCAGAGUAGAUUCGAGUAGACGUUUAUGUGCACGAUAUAGAAAAUUUUUUAUUGCUGCUGGAGUAACGUUAGGAUUACAGAUUUUAUUGUGUCAUUAUUUCCUGAAUUUAAGUCAACGAACAGAGAGUGAUAAUUUACUUGAAAGUGACAUAAAAAAAGGAUUAUUUACAGUUCAGAACCUGAACAAACAAGACUCACCCAUCAACGACAAAAGGAUAUCAACCAAUGGCGGGAAAGGACCGCCCCACGCAGCGCCUGAUGACGUCAAGCAUAACGUCAUCAGGGACACCGGCUCCAUGAACCAGCCUGUCAUCAACGGUCUAGACCACCCAAACAACGACCACCCACCCCAACAGAACGAACCCCCACCCCAUCAUAACGACCCAGCAUUACCUGAGACUUCCAACAUCCCACCCAAAGUGCCUGGCGACCCCCUACCCCACGGGCUCGCCCCCCAAGUGCCUUCAGACGAUGCUCACGCCCAGAACGACGACAACACGCACGUGUACGUCCGAGACAACGAACCUCCCCAGGACUCCCCCCACACCGCCGCACCGGCCUCGCUCCCCCAGUACAUUCCAUCGUGUGACGUCAGCGCCAAGGAUGUGUCGUCUGCAAUUAACCGCGCCAAAACAGCCAAGUGUAAGCAGGAGAUUGCUGACGUCUUCUGCCGGCAGCAGAACGGUACACUUUACACCCUCAAGUUGCCCAAUUACUGCCCCAAUAGAGGCACUGAUGCUGGCCACUACUAUGGCUGCUACAGAGACAGCAUGGCAUCCCGUGACUUAGAUGGUGGUAUGGUGGACUUCAUGGACAACACCCCACAGAAGUGUAUAGACCACUGCUUCAGAUCAGCCAUGAAGUACGCUGCCCUGCAGUUUGGCAAGGAGUGUUGGUGUGGCAACGAGUUUGGCAAACAUGGGGAGAAGCUGGACGAGGCUCACUGCUUCACCAAAUGUCCUGGCAACGCUUCAGAAACAUGCGGCGCUUACCUGGCCAACAAGAUUUAUGGGACAGGAGUUCAAGACAUAGUGAGGCAGGAGGCGCCGCUGGAACACCCCACCAUCUCCCCCAACAACCCCAGGGUGAGAAUCGUCUUUGUCUUGACGGUCAAUGGCCGAGCCUUGCGUCAGGUGGUCAGACUGUUGCGUGUCAUCUACAGCCCUAGCCAUUUUUACUACAUCCAUGUUGACAAGAGGCAGGAAUAUUUGUAUAGAGAAUUACUUCCCUUGUCCAAGAAAUAUUCCAACAUCUACCUAACAAAGAAUAGAUUCUCCACCAUCUGGGGUGGGGCUAGCCUGCUCCAGGCCCACUUGUCUUUCAUAAGGGAGCUGUUUGAGCACAAGUCAAAGUGGAAGUGGGACUACUACAUCAACCUGAGUGAGAGUGAUUACCCUGUCAAGCCCAUACAAGAUUUGGUGGAGUAUCUGACAGCAUACAAGGGGUUAAACUUCCUCAGGUCAUUUGGCAAGAAUGUUCCCAGGUUCAUAAAGAAGCAGGGCAUGGACCAGACAUUCCAUGAGUGUGAGGACCACUUGUGGCGUGUGGCACCACGACCCCUACCAUCAGGGGUCGUCUUUGAUGGUGGUAGCGACUGGGUGGGUCUGUUCAGCGAGUUUGCCAGAUACGCUGUCUACUCCAAGGACAAGCUGGUGGCAGGCCUGAAACAGUACUACAAGUACUCACUGCUGCCUGUUGAGUCAUUCUUCCACAUGGUGCUACAGAACAGCAUGUUCUGCUCCCAGUCCGUAGACAACAACCUUCACCUGACCAACUGGCGCAGGAAACAGGGCUGUAAGUGCCAGUACAAGCACAUUGUCGACUGGUGCGGCUGCUCACCCAAUGACAUCAAGGUCACGGACACGGAGAGGCUGCUGCACUACGACAAGAAGCCCAUGUUUUUUGCCCGCAAGUUUGAGGCUAUUGUUGACCAGGAAAUAAUCAACACUGUGGAUGUGACCUUUCAUGGCUUUCAAUAUCCAGGUGUACACAGCCUGUCCAGCUACUGGCAGAAUGCCUUCCACCACUUAGACCAAGAGACAAAGGUGAAGGACUCUGCGCUCACCAUUUACGUGUCUUUGGAGCGUCUGGCAGUCGCUCAGCUUAAGCAGAACGAGGCUAGAUGUGACCUGGCGCCCCUGCAGCUCCUUGAAGUGACCAUCUACAACGAGGCUGACCACCUCCAUGGUCUGCUUGUGCUCUUCUCCGCCCGCCUGAAGGACACCAACAAGGUCGUGACCCUGGAGGCGUAUGCUGAGCCCAAGGAUUAUUUCACGCGUGAGGCAGUUGCUGGACACUCAAGGCUGCUCUCAUUAGAGGUUAGCACAGACUUUGAUGUCAAGGAGAUGAUAUUCCGUAACUAUGGCAACCUGAUGGGCCCCUACGAUGAGAUCAGCCUGCGGCACGAGUGGGGCCACGGGGCCGAGGUCACCGUCUCGAUAGCCUGGGUGGACCCAACCAACGAAAUCGCAGCGUCCUACGACGUUGUCAUCCCCGGGUCCAGCCACGUGGGGAACCAGAAGCCGCUGCUGAACAAACCGCUCCGGCCGGGCGUGUGGAGGGCGUGCAUCAUGGUCAACCUGGAGCUGGUGGCCCAGACCCAGUUUCUGGUGUCACCUUUGACCUUUUUAAACAACAAGCCCAUCCCCACCUCAGAGAUAACUAAAGCACACCAGGGCCCACUUGGGUUAUACACGACAACAGACUUCUCGGAAUUUCUUCCAAAUUUAAAAUUAACAGUUGAUCGUAAGCUACAAGAGGAGGCUGUCGUCAAUAGUAAAAAAAAUGGGACGGAACUCGAACAGUGGGUGGACUCGUUGACCAGACUUUUCUGGGUGGCGCAGAAUUUCUGCGUCCUAGAGCCACACCCCGAGUGCCAGACUUUAGACCUGUGCAGCUCCGUGGCCUGGAGUUCCAGAUCACCUGACGUCAAGUCUGAUAUGAAAUAUAUCGGCCAGCAGAUUCCCGUGGUUAGCUGACGACAGUCGUGGGCUAGCUUUGUUUUACUGCUUGUCAUGGUCACCAGAGGUCAUGUCUUCAAGUCAUUGUCAUCAGUCAUCUUGUGUGUGGAAGUCAUUUUUAUCAGUCACCCAGUCGACUGAUUUAUUGAAGUCAUUAAGUCAGUAGAGUUGACUUGUGAAAGUCAGUGUUGUAGGUUAAACAUCGAAUCAAGUUGACUUAUAGAAAUCAUUGUCUUCAGUCAUCUUGUGUGUCGAAGUCAUUUUUAUCAGUCACCCAGUGGACUGAUUAAUUGAAGUCAUUGUUAAAAGUCAGUAGAGUUGACUUUUAAAAGUCAUUGUUGUUGGUAUAACAUCGAAUCAAGUUGACUUAUUGAAAUCAUUGUCUUCAGUCAACCAGGUUGACUCUUGAAAUUCAUUGUCACCGGUCACCCUAUAAAUUGACUUAUUAAAGUCAUUGUCAUAAGUCAUCCAAGUUAACUUACUGUAGUCAUUGUCACCUGUCACCCUAUAAAUUGACUUUUUAAAGUCAUGGUCAUAAGUCAGCCAAGUUGACUUACUGUAGUCAUUGUCAUCAGUCACCCAGUGUUGACCUGUUGAACCAGUCUUACCAGGUGUUUAAACAAAAUAUUACUUUAUUUGUCUACCCUGUUCAUCCACUAUGCCUAAAUCAAUUGAUAAGAUUUAGAUUUCUUUAAUUAGUAGAUGAUAAAUUCUUUAAUUUAUGAUGGGGUUUUUGUCCUGCAAACAAUAAGCAGCAUUCAUUUCCAUUCGCACCAUUUUGUCUUUAAUGUUUGUGUUGUCUAGAUUUGAAAGAUUAUCAUGAUUAUCUCCCCUUAUAUGUUAAGAAAUGAUUUUACCCUUGGGUUUUAUUUUUUUUAAAUUCCACAUUUGUCUCCCCUAGGAUUUAUAUUUCUAAAUUCGCUUUUGUUGUUAUGUUAGGGGUUAUAUUUUGCUGGUUCUAAAUUUUUAUUGUGUGUUAUGGGUAUUAGUGUUAUUGGUUUAGUUGUCAUUUUGUGGUAUUUGUGGGUGAUGGGUCAUUAUGUUUCCUGGCCGUAUUGAACAAAUUUUACUGAAUGAUCAUAUGGUAAUGGCCAAGGUGUGUGAUGGGUCAUUGUGUUUCCUGGCCAUAUUGAACAAAUUUUACUGAAUGAUCUCAGUAUGUGUGGUGACAUAACAUUGAGGAAAAAACAAAAACCUUAGGUCAAAAAAUAUUUCCUUUUGUCAGUCUAUUAUUGAACUUAUACUACUAGUUAUAUUAGAAUGUAAAAAGUUACAAGUAGUUAUAGAUCACUCCAUGUAUGAUAUAAUUCAUCCGCUGUUAGUUGCAUUUAAAGAAUAGUUUAAUAUAAAACUAAUGUAGGACCAAGGGACAGAUUUAGACUGAUGUGUUCUGUAUGUCUGCAUUCUUUAUGUCCUUUAAAAAUUCCUUAGCCUAUUCCAGUAUUACGUGAUUGAUGACAGCUAAUCUAUAUGUUUAUAUUUACUAGCAUACAAGUUCCAGUCAUCCAUACUCCAAUCAUACUUGUUCCAAUUAUACAAGUUCCAUUCAUACAUGUUCCAAUCAUACAUGUACCAAUCAUACAAGUUCUAAUGUUCCAAUUGCACUCAUAAUUUUGCACUGGUUUCAAACAAUAUUUUUAUAACAUAAUUUUUUUAGCUGACCGCACUUUUGGUUUGAUUUCACAUGCACCAUGAAUAUCUUUGUGAUACAUUAUUUAUAUCUUCAUUACACUUGAAGUAACAACAUGUGUUGUUAUCACAUUUUUUACUUUGUACACAAUUUUUAUUUUGUGAAUAGUUUGGCAUGUUGGCCAAGGCUAGAUCUGACAGCGUGCUGGAUAUUUUAAUUUGAGAACCUCUAAUAGGAACGUUCCAUGCCAUUGAGAACCUGUAAUAUGUACCAGAUUUCAUGAGAUUCAAAUUACCAUUUACAGUAAAGGUUAAAAGCUGAUGUAAAGUGAAAACAUCUAGUUAUUUGGUGCUGACUGCUGUUAUAUUUACAUUUGUGAGGGCGUGAUGUAAAGGUCAAUGUAGCAUUGGUUCAGCAACAUUUUCUAAACUUUCACCAAACACAUUUUUUUGUAAUGUAAGUUUCUUUUUUUUAUUCUUUUGUUGUUUUAUUAUUAUACAUUUGUCGUGAACUGAGUCAAUUUGAAUCUGUGUGGAAUAUUAUUUUUUUACUUCUCUCGUUUACACAAAAAAAGGUGUUCUUUUUUUUUAAAUUUUAUCACUUAUAGUACUUAUACAUUUAGUUUGUAACUUUUAACACUUUUUUAAUGUGUUCUUAUGUUGUAUGGAUUUGUGUUUUUAUGUACAAGUGUAAGAGUAUGUGAGGAGUUGAAAUGUGCUGGAUAUAGUUAGGAAUGGUAUCUGAAAAUGGCAUGUUUGUGUAUAGGAAUCUACUAAAGGGUGAAUCUGUAUGGUUAAUAUAAGUACAGGUGGUUGGGCAUUUUGGAGUAAAUUAAUGGGGUUUAAGGAGUGCACUAGUGUGUGGUUUCAGUGAGUGGAUUAGUGUGUGGGUUCAGUGAGUCGAUUAGUGUGUGGGUUCAGUGAGGGCACUAGUGUGUGGGUUCAGUGAGUGGAUUUGUGUGUGGGUUCAGUGAGUGGAUUAGUGUGUGGGAUCAGUAAGUGGAUUAGUGUGUGGGUUCAGUGAGUCGAUUAGUGUGUGGGUUCAGCGAGUGCACUAGUGUGUGGGUUCAGUAAGUGGAUUAGUGUGUGGGUUCAAUGAGUGGAUUAGUGUGUGGGUUCAAUGAGUGGAUUAGUGUGUGGGUUCAGUGAGUCGAUUAGUGUGUGGGUUCAGUGAGGGCACUAGUGUGUGGGUUCAUUGAGUGGAUUAGUGUGUGGGUUCAGUGAGUGGAUUAGUGUGUGGAUUUGUGUGUGGGUUCAUUGAGUGGAUUAGUGUGUGGUUUCAGUGAGUGGAUUAGUGUGUGGGUUCAGUGAGUCGAUUAGUGUGUGGGUUCAGUGAGGGCACUAGUGUGUGGGUUCAGUGAGUGGAUUAGUGUGUGGGUUCAGUGAGGGCACUAGUGUGUGGGUUCAGUGAGUGGAUUUGUGUGUGGGUUCAGUGAGUGGAUUAGUGUGUGGGAUCAGUAAGUGGAUUAGUGUGUGGGUUCAGUGAGUCGAUUAGUGUGUGGGUUCAGCGAGUGCACUAGUGUGUGGGUUCAGUAAGUGGAUUUGUGUGUGGGUUCAGUGAGUGGAUUAGUGUGUGGGUUCAAUGAGUGCACCAGUGUGUGGGUUCAGUGAGUGGAUUAGUGUGUGGGUUCAGUGUGUGCAUCAGUGCCUGUGUUUUGUUGUGGGUCGUGUGUGCUUCAUCUACUCAGCUGAUUGAUUGUAUUGCUAUUUGUUCAGCAUAAUGCUUGUCCAUAUCUGAAUUACCCCCACCUCCCCCCCCCCCCUCUCCAAUUGCAACCAUCUUGUAUCUCUAUCUGUUGCUGUUGACCAAUGUUGAAGUUUGUUAUAUAAAUAUGUAACAUAAUAUUUAUUAUAUCAUUUAUUUAAAUAGGGGUUUUAUAAAAAC